AUGGAGUACUUUGCGGCCUCUUUGGAGCCAGACAGACCUCUGUCUGAGACAGGGGCACCGCCACGUCGCCGUCGACGCCGUCGACGCCGCCCACCGCCGCAUACUUCCGCGCCACUUCCGGUCUCGCCGCCGCCCGCGCUGGCGCCAACACGUCCGGACGCCGACGCCGACACCGACUUUGUCGCCGCCAACAAGGCCGCCGUCGCCGCUACUUCGGAGCUCAACGCCAUCAAGCGCUCGCUGCGGGCGGCCGUGCUUGAUCCGCCCAAGCCUGAUCCUUUCGUCUCGCCGGUCCGUACCCCGCGCCUGCGCUCCGCCGCACCUGAGCCUGUGCCUACGGCCGCUUCAACCCCGACCUCGCUCCUCCGCUCGGCCUUUGACUCUUGGCGCGCCGCCGUCGCCGACGCCCGCUCGCACUGGAAGCGCGAGUUUGUCGCCGGCCUGCACUACUCGUAUGCGCUGCAACGUCGCAGCCUUGCCGCCUGGCGCUCGCUACUCCAGGAGCGGGCCACCCGCGAAGCCGCUCUCGCUUCCUUCCGCGUCCUCGCCUCUGAUCGCUUGGCCAGAGCCGCCUUUGCAGCCUGGCGCGUCAGUGCAGCCCGUGUCUAUGCUCGCCGCGCUGCUGCAAUCGCCGCCGACGCCCACCGUGGCGCCAUGAUUGUUCGCUCCGCCUUUGCCUCCUGGCGCACCGCUGCCGCCGUCCGAGCCUUCCGACUCCGCACCCUCGGUAGCCGAGUCUUUCGCACCUUUCGUCGCCGCCACAUCGAGGCCGCCAUUGCAGCAGCCAAGCGCAAGCGCGCAGACCUGUAUCGGACUGCCGCACUGGAGCGCCGCGCCGUGGUCGCCUGGCAGAGUUAUGUCGCCCGCCGCCGCAAGUACUAUGCCGCCAGUGGUCGCGCCUUUGUCUUCCUCUGCGCCCGCCUCAAGUCCAAAGCCUUUGACUGCUGGCUGACCCGCCUUGCCGUGCUCCGCCACAACCGCCUUGUUGCAGGCAUGGCCGCCUUCAAGUCUCUCCGCGCGGAUGGACGUGCCCUGGAGGCCAAAGCUGACGGCUUUGCCGCGAGGCGGCCAGCUCGGUCCGCAGCGUUGAUGCUUCGCGCCUGGGCUGCCGCUGCCAAAGCUUCUGCCUCUGCUCGUGACGCACCGCGCAUGGCACUGGCUGCUGCUCAUCGCGACGCCGCACUCAGCCUGCAUGCGUUCUGCGCCUGGCGGCGCGAGCACUGCCGCAUCUCUGCGCUCGUGGCCACUGCUGCAGAGGCAGUGUCCAUCAGGGAGCAGGGCCGGAUGGCGCUGGCCUGGGCCAUGUGGCGUGAUCGGCUACGUGCACGCCAGACUCAUGCUGCUCUCCUGACCAAGGCCGACGCCACGUACGCUGCCAAUCUUGGCGCCACCGUCCUCGCUCUUUGGCGUCACCAUCUUGCCACAAGGAUUGCCAUCCGGGACGCAGCUGCGCGCGCCUCCGCCCACGCCAAUGCCAGUCUUGCCCGCAAGACGCUGCGGAGCUGGGCGACCACCGCCUCGCGUGCUGCCGCUGAGACUGCUGCUUUUGUACUCGCUGCUGCCUUCCAUCGGGCCCAGCUGGCGAGCAAGGUCUUUGCUGCCCUCCGCGCCAACGUGAAGGCUGCGGCUGUCGAGCUCAACGCUUGGCGAACUGCUGCUCGGGCUGACGACCGCCGCCUUCUCACUGCCGGCUUUGCUGCGCUCCGCGCUCAUGUUUGCGCUGUCAAGCGUGAUCGCGCUGCCGCUGGGACUGCCGCCUUGUUCUGGGUUCGCAAAACCAAGACCAAAGUAUUGACAGCACUCGCUCGCCAUGCUGGCGACGCGCGUUCCGAUCGCGCCGCCGCCGCCACCGCCGCUCUCUUCUGGGUUGCUCGCCGCAAGGCCGUGAGCUUGGCGGCGUGGCGUGCGUUUACCCAGGCCUCGCUCUCACGCUCGGCCGCUCUUGCCGAUCGGGUCGCUUACUUUGAGGCGGCCGUGCUUGGCCCGCGCGUCAAGCGUCAGCUCAUGGCUCGCUGGCGUGUUCAAGCUGAGCGGGCAGUGGUGGCCCGGCGCGCCCACAACGUGGCAAACGCCUUUUUCAAGUGGCGCAUUGCUGCUGCGCGUGCCGACAAGCUCCGCACCGCUGGAGCUGCCGUUGCGCGGGCCAGCCAUGUCCGUGCUGGCAAGGCUGCGCUCAUAGUGUGGCGUCAGCGGACAUCCGCUGCUGUUGCUGAUCGCGAGGCCAACGUUCUCGCGCUCUCGUUCUGGGCAAGCAGGCUCGAAGCACGGGCGUGGCGCGGCUGGCAGGCCUUUGUCGAGCGUAUGCGCCUCCGCAAUGCAGCACGCACCCGCGCCCUCAAGAUGCACCAUGCCUUUCAGCUCCGUCAGGGCCUGGCCCUGUUGUUUGGGGGCGCCAACGCGUUGCGUCUCGAGCGCAAUGCCCGGACGGCAGCGCGGCUUCCGCCAAUUGUGCAUGACGACGCGCUUCCGCCGCCGCGACCACCGCCGCGAGUUCCAGACCUGGAGCUGAUGGGUCCGCUCGGCCCGCGCCCACUGCCGCGGCCGCUUCGCCCGCUCCCGCGCUCAAGCUCAAACGUGCCGCCGUCGCCGCCGCGGCUACACAAGGCCAAGCUCGCUUUUACCCCGACCGCGCGCUCGCGCGUUGUUGAUGAAAACACCGCUGCAGCGACUCACUCGGCUGUCCGCGACGUUCUCGCUACCGAGGCUCAGCUAAUGGACGCUUCUGCCAAGGUCGACUCUCUCACCGCCGAGCUGACAGAGUGGCAAGCUAUGCUCGACGACGCCGCCGCCAACGCCCAGCUUCCCGGGGCCUCGGCGUCGUCGGAGGUCAUGCUUGGCGUGCUGCGCACGACCGUGGCUAGGCUCAAAGGCCAGCUUGCCCACGCCCGCACUAACGCCGAUGCUGCGCAGGCGGAGCGGGCGCGGGCCCGCUCCGCCGUAUCGGCGCUCACCGGCGCAUCAACCACUGCCACUGCCUGA